UUGGUGGAAGGCAACUCUAUGCAAAGUCCAGACCUUGAGGUGGCCCUAGAAGGACGUGCCUGGGUUUUACUCUUCUUGCUUUCAUUAGAUCGAUUUGUGAUUCAAUGGGAACCUUUAUCGGUCACGUGUAUCCAGGGUUGUUCCUACUCGCAUAUGGACUGUAUCGAGCAGUAGUGGUCUCCAAAGCUGUGAUAUUCAGCGACUCUUUCCCGGAUCCUUCUUUGCCUCCCAAGAAUAAGGGGAGAUGGGCCAGGCUGUGGAAAAUGUCCCACAGAGGUUUGCUGAAGAUGCUGACUGGCUUUGGCUUGAUGGCGUAUGAGAUCAGCUGCGUUGAGAGAGGGUUGACACUGAUGAACAGGGACCUGCCACCAAGAUUCAUGUACGCCAAACAGUGGCAGCACCUCACCAUGUUCAUCCUCCUCACCCUCAACGGCUGUAUAGACAUCAUGAGCAAAAAUUUGCUGCCUCAGCGCUGUGUGCCCCUAGAGAAAGGGAUCUUGGUGCUGACCUUUUAUGUGCUCCUGCUGCUGUUGGUGUCGCAUGUCCAGGACUCCGUGGGGGUGGAGAUGCAUGUCCACUGUCUGCUCAUCUUGGUGGUGUUGCUGCUGAUGCUGGUGUUCACCGCCAAGCUGUGGGCUCCUGACACGUUUCAACUCGCUGUGAUCGAGACCUUUCUGUUUCAGAUGAUGGGUUCCUGGCUGGUACAGGCAGGGUUCAUUCUGUACAAACCAGUCUCUGGCUACCCGUGGGAGGAUGAUAACAUUAGUGACAUCAUGUUUGUUACCACCUUCUUCUGCUGGCAUGUAAUGAUCAAUGCUUUGUGUCUGCUGGGAAUCUAUGGAGUAUCUUCCUUUUGGCAUCGUUGCUACUAUCCUAGCUGGAAGCUGACGGGGUCCAGAGAAGCUCCAUGUUACAUAUACCCCAGGAGACCCCUCUACCAAUUGCUACAGGAAGUGGAGCAGUCAGAGAAAGAUGACCAGGCUCUGCUUUCAAAGAGUUCACCUUGA